AUGCAGCCUCUCUUUUCGCAAGAAGGAGAUUGGAUCCUCUUGGGUCAUCUUGACCUGACUCCAGUGACUGGGGAACUCAGGCUAACUCCUCACGAGUUUAAGAUGGAAUGUAAGAGAUCAACGAUUAUUAAGAAGUUUCCACACGGAAUAUCCGAUUAUAGAUACAGUUUUGUUUCGUUUGAGGAUAUCAAAAUUGGCAUAGUGGAUCCUGCCUUCAGUGUUGAUUUGAUUGAAAAAGUUAAAAAUGUUGGCAAUUUCUUCAACCGAGAGUAUAUCGCUGUUGUGGAUAAAAAAAAGGUUUGCUUAUAUUUGCGGAAUGAAAGGGGUAGUUGCAUAGCUGUGGUGAUACAGAGGUCACACGCACUGGAUAUCGUAUGUCGUUUGAUGGACUAUACGGAGACGACUGUUGUAUGCGUUGUGAGGUUUGGGAGAAUUAUAAAAUCGGGUGGGGUUUGGUCGGCUCAUGCCGUCGACCCGUACUCACAUGUGGCACUGGAUCCUAAUCGUGAAUUCCGGUGUUUAAUCGCCGAUAAUGAGAAACAGUGUGCCAAGUCAUCGACUAAGGAAAUUACAAUGUAUUUGGUGAGAAUGUGA